GGGGGGAGGGGCGGGCCUGGCCCCGUGCAGCUGAAGCCGGGGGUCAGCAGGCGCUGGAGGCGCAGCUCCGGUGCAAGCGAGGGCACGACACAUGCAGUGGCUUCUGGACUGCGCGAUGACUGGACGCAAGUAACUUCUAGGUCUGCAGACAAGAGGAAGAGAAGAUGAAGGAAGACUGUCUGCCGAGUUCUCACGUGCCCAUCAGUGACAGCAAGUCCAUUCAGAAGUCGGAGCUCUUAGGCCUGCUGAAAACCUACAACUGCUACCAUGAGGGCAAAAGCUUCCAGCUGAGACACCGAGAGGAAGAAGGGACUCUGAUCAUCGAGGGGCUCCUCAACAUUGCCUGGGGGCUGAGGCGGCCCAUCCGGCUGCAGAUGCAGGAUGACCGGGAGCAGGUGCACCUCCCCUCCACCUCAUGGAUGCCUGGACGGCCCAGCUGCCCUCCAAAGGAGCCAUCGCCCCAGGACGGGAACGUCACAGCCCAGCGGCCAAGCAUUCAGCCAGUGCACAAGGCUGAGAGUUCCACAGACAACUCGGGGCCCCUGGAGGAGGCAGAGGAGGCCCCCCAGCUGAUGCGGACCAAGAGCGACGCCAGUUGCAUGAGCCAGAGGAGGCCCAAGUGCCGUGCCCCUGGUGAGGCCCAGCGUAUCCGGCGACACCGGUUCUCUAUCAACGGCCACUUCUACAAUCAUAAGACCUCCGUGUUUACUCCGGCCUAUGGAUCCGUGACCAAUGUGAGGGUCAACAGCACCAUGACAACCCUGCAGGUGCUCACCCUGCUGCUGAACAAAUUUAGGGUGGAAGACGGCCCCAGUGAGUUCGCACUCUACAUCGUUCAUGAGUCUGGGGAGCGGACAAAAUUAAAAGACUGCGAGUACCCGCUGAUUUCCAGAAUCCUGCAUGGGCCAUGUGAGAAGAUCGCCAGGAUGUUCCUGAUGGAAGCUGACUUGGGUGUGGAAGUCCCCCAUGACGUCGCUCAGUACAUUAAGUUUGAAAUGCCGGUGCUGGACAGUUUUGUUGAAAAAUUAAAAGAAGAGGAAGAAAGAGAAAUAAUCAAACUGACCAUGAAGUUCCAAGCCCUGCGUCUGACGAUGCUGCAGCGCCUGGAGCAGCUGGUGGAGGCCAAGUAACUGGCCAACACCUGCCUCUUCCAAAGUCCCCAGCAGUGGCAGGUGCACACUGAGCCCUGGUGGCUGGCCCCGGCCGGUCACACUGACUGAUGGCCACCGCCUGAUGAAUCGAGUGCCUGUGCGUCUACCUGUCUGAAGCCUGAGCACCAUGAUUCCCACAGCCAGCUCUUGGCUCCAAGAUGAGCACCCACAGGCCAACCCAGGCUUGAGGGGCCAGGAACUUGCUGGGUCAGAUCUGUGUGGCCAGCCCUGUCCACACCAUGCCUCUCCUGCACUGGAGAGCAGUGCUGGCCCAGCCCCUGUGGCUUAGGCUUCAUCUGCUUGCUUAGUGCCUGUCCCGGAGCCCCUGUGGGUCCACAAACCCCUGUCCUCUUCCUUCAUAUGAGAUUCUUGUCUGCCCUCAUAUCAUGCUGCCCCGCAGGGAUGCUGCUGGGAAAAGCAGGGCCUGCCAGCAGGUAUGAGAUCUAGCCUGCUUUCAGCCAUCACCUCGUCACAGCGUCCCCGGCUUCUAAGCCUUCAUGUCACCCUGUGAGCCUCGCACAGCUCAGCCCCAGCACAGAGGUGAGACCAGGAAUAAGGCCAGAAGUAUCUCACUUUCUCUGCAGAAAUCAGUCUUUACUUCAUCAGAGAGACCUAAAGCGAUUCUUACAAGGAGCUUGCUGCAAGAAACACGGUCAUUCAAUCACAUUGAGGAGGGUCCACAUGGCAUUGAGAGGGUGCUGCCCUCUCAAUGCCCAGCAGCAGCUCCAGAAGGCAGUGCUCAGCCCCAUCACCACUGUCCUGUGGACGCCUGUGUACCUCUUGCCUUUUCUGGGCUUGCGUUUCUCUCCUCUAGUGGGUGGGGAUGACUUUCAAUGACUUUCAGUACUUCCCCUGAAGGAAGAAUGAUAGGGAGAAAUGUCUGUUUUGAGGAAAGGGCUUUGAAUUCCCCAGAUACUGAGCAAUUUGUGUUUGUGACUGAUGGAGAAUUUCAGGAAUGAAUGAGAAAGCCUUUGCAAAACUAUGCAACAGUUUACAUCAGUCAUGUGAAGUAUUUGUCUAAAACAGAGCAAACGGAAGACCAAAUUAUUCUCCUGUUGAGGACCGUGGAUGGCAGAUUUAAAGGGAAGAACCACAAAGGCUUGCAAAGAUAGGAGAGGCUCCAUCUCUAAUGCAUGUAGAAGCUCCUUACAGGUGCCCAUCAAGAGCAUAGCUUGGAAGCCACCAUGCUGUGUGGAAAUGCUUGUCAGGGUAAAUGUCACAGCAGGAUUUCCCCAACCCAGCUCCAUAAUCACAGACACAGAGAGCUGCAGGAGAGGCCUGCCCACUGUUUUGUCGACUCUGCCCUCCUCUGGCAGCAUAGAUCCUUAGGUGCUCAAUAAAGGUGUGCUGUAUUGAACUGAAGAAGUGAGAA